CUAAGGAGAAGGGCUGCAUCGGUCGUCCGUGUGCAGCGCCGGUGACGAUUAGUGAGCAAGUGCAUCGGCAAGCGCUUGACGGGUCAAAAAACAUCGUAAGAGCUUCACCGGACAAGGAAAGGGCCCCUUCAAAAUGCCCUCGCUCGAGGAAACGUACAGACGGUACUUUGACGGUUUCAAGAGGCGAGAGUGGAGCACCGUCAUGGCUUUCGCACACCCGCAAGUCAUUCACAACGACAGAAGCUUCACGCCGCAUGGCUACGUACAGAUGAUCCAAGACAGUCUUGUAGACCUUCCCAGUGAUCUUGAGGCCUCGCUUGAGAUGCUCAUUGCUGAUGACAAGACGGGACGGGUGGCCGCGCGGAUCCGAUUCGACGCACUCUCCCUAGGCAAGGCCUCGUACGAGCACGUCUUUUACCAAUUUAGGGAGGACCGCAUCGUCCAGGUCUGGUCUCUCUUGCAAAUGUCUUUUUGAAAAAAUCACAAAGAAAGGGGCUUACCCUCUCAGCAUGGCCACUUACGCCCCCUCUCUCUCCCUCAAAUCACACGGGCCUCAGGAGCGCCGCUCUUUUGUCGCGUCAGAUGAUUGGUUCGGUGAGAAUGUCAUUAACUCAGC